AUGUCUUCAGAACCGGUGUUCGUCCUUCCGGGCGAUCACAUCCCACCAGACCUUGUGCCCUCACAUCCUAAGAAGCCGCUCCGAUUAGGCCCCGGCCUGCGGCACGUUCCUCCGAAUGAUGUUGUGCCCACGCUGGCUGGCCAGUUUGUGACGGAUAGACCAAAGAAUGCGAUUAGAGUUGAGAACUCACAUGGGCGGGUAAGCCAAUUACUAUGCAUCGACUAUCUGAGCGGAAAUGUGGCUAACGGCGGGUCGGGAUAUUGUUUACAGUACGUCCCUCGGGUGGGAGAGCUCGUCAUAGGAACGAUUCACAAGACCGCCGCAGAUGUCUACUACGUCCAUCUGUCAGAUUACACCGCGCCCGUGCUACUGCCGCAAUUGUCGUUCGAGUCGGCGACCAAGAAGACACGUCCUGUCUUGGCACCCGGGGCGCUGGUCUACGCGCGCGUCACUCUGGCGAAUAAGCAUAUGGAUGCAGAACUAGAGUGUGUUUCAUCGUCGACGGGGAAAUCGGAUGGAUUGGGGCCCUUGACCGGCGGUAUGAUGUUUGACAUAUCAUUAGGGAUGGCUAGGCGACUGAUGAUGCCCAAGAGCGUGCAGGAAGGCAAGAUUGUUGUGUUGGAAGAGCUGGGUGCGCUGGGUUUGCAAUUCGAUACCGCAACGGGCCGCAACGGGCGAUUCUGGGUGGACAGCGAAAAUACAAAGACUGUUCUGGCUGUCGGAAGAGCAAUUCAGGAGACAGACGAGAGGAGACUAGGAGUAGAAGACCAAAAGAAAUUGGUCCGAAAGAUAAUCAAAGAUUUGAGCUGA